AGACCCAGAGCUUGCUCAGCCACGAGGUGCAGGGCGCUGCCACGACAGUUGCAGAGCAGGGACGUCGAGAGGGAGGCGGGAAGGAAAGCAUGGGCGGCGUCAAGGUCACCUACAUCGAGACGCGGUUCGUCACCUCCGACGCCGCCGGCUUCAAGGACCUCGUGCAGCGCCUCACCGGCAGGUCCCACUCCCGCGCCGGCGACAAGCCGGGAGCUCCUGCGGCCGCCGCCGGCCCGAAGGGAUGCGGCCACGCCUCGUCGCCGUCGCCGGGCCUGGACGAGACGUGCGGCGGCGGAGACUUCGCCGGCCUGCUCUACGGUGGCAGCUCCAGCCAGGACGCACAAUGUGGGCACGGUGGAUAUUACAGUUUUCAGUAAUUAUUUUCCCUGUUGAUCGAGGGGUAUGAUUCGUCGAGAUUGUUUUUUUCUUAGAGAAGUAUAUAUAGUUCGUGUACAAAUCGAAUCUACGUGCAACCAUUAUUUUUACUAUAAUCCAUAUAGUAUGCCACUACUUUCUCUGUGCAUGUUUCAGUAAUAUUCUCUUGCAAGUUUUCAACAAAAACGAAAAUGAACUUUGCAAGACUCUGGAACUGCCUCCAUCUGCAUACUUGCAAUAGCCUUGUUCAAAGAUAUCGGACAUUCACAGGAAUCACAUCAUUCCUUUCAAGUCCGAGGAGAUAUAUCUACGAUGGACAAACUAAAAACAGCACGCAUAUGCUGGUAAUUCGCUACAAAGUUCAAAGGCAAUCUCUAUCAAGUUACCAUCAAGAAAAUAGAUCCAACCAUCAGAUUGAUCAUACCCAUCUCAAGACAAUAUAUCCCCUCACCAUAUCAUACCCAAAAGACGAGGGGUUCAAGGAAGUCCUCCAGUAGACACGUGGAGUAACAAAACCAAUCAGUAAACUUAGGGCCCGCCUAACCCUUCCAGGUUUGUUUCAGUUGUUGCAGCUUGGUGAGACCAAAGCGCUGAUGCUCUGGAUGCGAUCAGAAACUUUUACUACUGAUAACCGCUUCACCAGAGUGGCUAUAGAAGGCUAGCCGAUACUAUUUCCUAGCUACGUAUAUAUGUUGUAAGUUGUAACAUCACUG